GUGUCAAUGGAGGAGCAGGACGCCAGGGUCUCAGUCUUGGAACCAUUCAGGGUGGAGCAGGCACCACCUGUCAUCUACUAUGUCCCUGACUUCAUCUCCAAGGAGGAAGAAGAGUAUUUGCUUCGACAGGUCUCCAAUGCCCCAAAGCCAAAGUGGACCCAGCUCUCUGGGAGGAAGUUACAAAAUUGGGGUGGGCUCCCUCACCCCCGGGGAAUGGUCCCUGAGCGGCUGCCACCAUGGCUUCAACGUUACGUGGACAAAGUGUCUGACCUCAGCCUUUUUGGGGGUCUCCCGGCCAACCACGUCCUCGUGAACCAGUAUUUGCCUGGGGAGGGCAUCAUGCCCCACGAGGACGGGCCACUGUACUACCCGACCAUCAGCACCAUCAGUCUGGGCUCCCACACCAUGCUGGAUCUCUAUGAGCCGCGGCAGACGGAGGAGGAUGACGACCCUGCAGAGCCGCCGCGGCCCCCACCCAGGCCCACAACCUCACUCCUGCUUGAGCCCCGCAGCCUGCUGGUGAUCCGGGGCACUGCCUACACACGCCUCCUCCAUGGCAUCGCGGCCACCUGCACAGAUGCGCUUGAUGGCUCUUUACCACCCAACGCGACCUCCUGCCCAAGAGCGCAGCCCGGAGCCCGCCUGACCCGCGGUACCCGCGUCUCCCUGACCAUCCGCCGUGUGUCCCGCGUGCUGCGCACCAGCCUCCUCCUCAGCAAGUAA